UUUUCUUCCUUCAAAUGACUGACGCGCGCUCUCUUCCCGCGCGCCCCCGCAGCGAUUGACGAUCGAUCAUCGAUACUCGCGCACCAUAUCGAUGAAGAGCGGCGCGCGCGGGGUCAGCGCGUGAGUGUGUGCGCGUGACAGCGUGCGCGGGUCUGCAGCGCGGGCGCGCGCCAUUUUGUCCAGGCUCAGCGGCGGCGCGCGCGCAGGAUGAGUGACUGACGGACGGACGCGGGACUGCUGCGCUGCGGAGCGCGCCGACGCUCACCGAGAGGCGCUGUUCUGUUCUCUACCAGGCUUUGCGUCGGACAUACUUUGGAAAGGGAUUCCCGAGGAAGACGAUUGGGAAUUAUUGCCGAUUCUCCCGGAGGAUUUUCUUUCCUCUCGUCAGAAAGAGGCGCGCGACACGAUCGUCACCAAUGGUUGUGCCAGUUGAAGAUCAACUCAACCAUCUGAACACACGGCAAGACCCUGCGGAGACAUCAGGGCUGUUCUCACCUGGAAACCACUCGCGAGUCGCUUCAGUGGGCUGUGGUUUGCAGAUGGACUCCCCUGUCACAAUGAUAUGAGAUUUGCCAGGAGACGAUGCAUACAGGAGGAGAGACCUCAGCAUGCAAACCCUCCUCUGUCCGGCUGGCCCCCUCGUUUUCUUUCCACUCGGCUGGUGUGCAGAUGGAUGCGCAGACGCCCCAUUCUCACCCGCCGUUCAGUGAUGCUCACCCACAGGGCGCCGCUGACCAAUCCGCUGCUGCGCUGCCCUACAACCCGCAGGCCCCGCAGCCCAGCGCCACCCAGGUAACUGCUGAUAUGGUGAUGCUGCAGAGGCGGAUGCCUCAGUGUUUCCGGGAUCCAGCGACGGCACCCUUAAGAAAACUCUCCAUCGAGCUGAUCAAAACAUACAAACACAUCAAUGAGGUUUACUAUGCAAAAAAGAAGCGUCGUCACCAACAGGGUCAGGGCGAGGACUCCAGCAACAAGAAGGAGAGGAAGAUUUACAACGACGGCUAUGACGACGACAACUUCGACUACAUCGUUAAAAAUGGCGAGAAGUGGAUGGACCGAUAUGAGAUCGACUCUUUAAUAGGGAAAGGCUCGUUCGGGCAGGUGGUGAAGGCGUACGACCGUGUGGAGCAGGAGUGGGUCGCCAUCAAGAUCAUAAAGAAUAAAAAGGCCUUCCUGAAUCAGGCUCAGAUCGAAGUGCGACUGCUGGAGCUGAUGAACAAGCACGACACCGAGAUGAAGUACUACAUCGUUCACCUGAAACGCCACUUCAUGUUCCGAAACCACCUGUGUCUGGUGUUCGAGAUGCUGUCCUAUAACCUGUACGAUCUGCUGAGGAACACCAACUUCCGCGGCGUGUCCCUGAACCUGACGCGUAAGUUCGCCCAGCAGCUGUGCACCGCGCUGCUGUUCCUGGCCACGCCGGAGCUCAGCAUCAUCCACUGUGACCUCAAGCCUGAAAACAUCCUGCUCUGCAACCCCAAGAGGUCCGCCAUCAAGAUCGUGGACUUCGGGAGCUCCUGCCAGCUGGGCCAGCGGAUAUACCAGUACAUCCAGAGUCGCUUCUACCGCUCGCCCGAGGUCCUGCUGGGGAUGCCGUACGAUCUGGCCAUCGACAUGUGGUCUCUAGGCUGCAUCCUGGUGGAGAUGCACACCGGAGAACCGCUCUUCAGCGGCGCUAAUGAGGUUGAUCAGAUGAAUAAGAUCGUGGAGGUGUUGGGCGUUCCUCCCAGUCAUAUCCUGGAGCAGGCACCUAAAGCCAGGAAGUUCUUUGAGAAGAUGCCGGACAGUAUGUGGUGCGCCAAGAAGACCAAAGACGGCAAAAGGUAUAAGCCUGCUGGCUCCCGGAAGCUGCACAGUAUUCUGGGUGUGGAGGCAGGCGGCCCCGGCGGGCGCAGAGCCGGAGAGUCGGGUCACGCCGUCGCAGACUACCUGAAGUUCAAGGACCUGAUCCUGCGGAUGCUAGACUAUGACCCCAAGACGCGCAUCCAGCCGUACUACGCUCUGCAGCACAGCUUCUUCAAGAAGACAGCAGACGAGGGCACCAACACCAGCAGCAGUGUGUCCACCAGCCCCGCGCUGGAGCAGUCGCAGUCCUCCGGGAGAGGCUCGUCUGGAACCAGCACCAGUGGCCGCGCCCGCUCAGACCCCACACAUCAGCACCGGCACAGCGGAGGAGGACACUUCAGUGCUGCGGUGGCCAUGGACUGCCACAACCUCUGCCCACAGGCAAGACAGGCGUUUGUGCCGGCGCUGGGCUGGGUUGGAGACGGACUCCAGCAGGCGUCAGGAGAGACUCACCCCGUACAGGAGACCACUUUCCACGUGCCCCCACACCAGCCCAAAGCCCUGCACCCCCACCAACACCACCACCAUCAUCACCACCACCCGCCGCCGCAUGGACAGGGCCCUGCCCGACCUCGACCCCGGCUCUACUCUCCGUCCCACAGCGCCUCCACGCAGGACUCAAUGGAGGUGACGCACGGACACCUGUCCAUGACCUCGCUGUCUUCCUCCGCCUCGUCCUCCUCCACCUCCUCCUCCUCCACCGGCAACCAUCACUACGCCUACCAGAGCCGCCCGCUGCCCCACGGCCUGGGCUUCGGCCACAGCGGCAGCAUGACUCUGGGCCUGGGUGCCUUCUCCAACCCGCGACAGGAGACGGGCGUGGCAGGCGUAGGUCUGCGGCCGGGUCUGGAGCGCGAGGAGUCCCCGAUGGCGGGUGUAUGUGUGCAGCAGAGCUCCGUGGCCAGCUCCUGACCCGCCUGAGGAGGCCGAUUCACGCGCCCGUCCAUACUGGAGCUGAGCGGAGCUGGAGCCAAGCGGAGCCAGCACUCCUGCGGCCGUGGACGUUAACUUCGGUCUGCAGCUCUGACGCUGCCGGAGCCCAGCGCUCGCCCGCCGCCGCCACCGCAGCGUUUCUUCUUCAUGUGUCAGUCGUGACAGAGGUGCGGCCGCGGGCACUGCUCCUCAACAUGGCCUUAUCCUACAGACUGAACGAGACGAGCCGGACGUUUCUUCUUCUUCUUCUUCUUCUUCUUCUUGGAGUGACAAAAGCUUUGAUGUAUUUUUGAGGACGUGCGAACACCUUCAUCACGACACCGAGAACAGAACGCUGAUUUGAGGCCUUUCUUACCCAGAGUUCCUCCUGCUGAUGUCCCAGGACUGCCACUGCCGCCGCCGCGUCCCCGCGCUCGCUCUUCUGCUUUAUCUGAGUUACGCAGCAUGUGUGUUUACUUUCGGCCCUCCCGCUCUUCUGCUUUGAUUUUGGCUUCACGAUUAUGCUGUGAAUUUUACACCACUUUCGUUUCUCCCUUUUGAUAAUUUAUUGUACCAAAGGCAUUUUUUUAUAGAACAUAGAUGUCUGUAACCAAUAAUGUAGCAGUUCUGCACUUUGAAGCAAAGGUGUGUGAGUGUGCGCAUGUGUGUGUGUGCGCGUGUGUGUAUGUGUGUGUCAUGUCAUGUGCGUAAACGGCUGUCAGAACUGAAGUGAUGAUGUUUGAUGCUGCGGCGCACAAUGGAGAGCUCGAUCCUGGACACCAUCGCUUACGAGAUUCUGUCGCUGUUUUUCUGUUUCUUGGUUAGCGGUCAGCAGAGGGCGCUGUGUAGGAUUAGCAUCGAUCUCUAGAGGAUGCUGUGGGCAUGGCGAUCUGUCUAGAGGGCGUUGUGGGCGUGGAGAUCUGUCUCUAGAGGAUGCUGUGGGCGUGGCGAUCUGUCUCUAGAGGGCGCUGUGUGGGAUUAGCAUUGAUCUCUAGAGGGCGCUGUGGGCGUGGCGAUCUCUCUCUAGAGAGCGCUGUGGGCGUGGCAAUCUCUCUAGAGGGCACUGUGGGCGUGGCGAUCUGUCUAGAGGGCGCUGUGGGCGUGGUGAUCUCUCUCUAGAGGGCGCUGUGGGUGUGGCGAUCUCUCUAGAGGGCGCUGUGGGCGUGGCGAUCUCUCUAGAGGGCGCUGUGGGCGUGGCAAUCUGUCUCUAGAGGGCGCUGUGGGCGUGGCUUUUUGUCUCUACAGGGCGUUGUGGGCGUGCCGUUAGUCUAUUUAGAGGGCACUGUGGCGUGGGCUGGUGUUGGCGGCGGAGCUGCUCGGCGGGCCCACAGCAGCCAACAGUGGGAGGUCGGCCUCAUGGGGGCGCUGACUCUAGUAUGAAGCGAUUCGGCAGCGCAGCAGGAGCCUGCUCCAUCUGUCAGUCUGCGCCUCGCGGUUGCGAACAGAAGCUCGCUUUAGGGUUCCUGCAGGCACGGCGUACGGGCGGAGUCCACGAAACAGGCUUCAGGUGUUUACUUUGUGACCCCAUUUUAAUAGCUGAAAUAGAAUUUAUGUACAUAAUUAUAUUUUUUUAAUAAAGGAAGUUUAGAACUCAC